UUCUAGCCUCUACUAGCUCUUUAUAUAUUCACACGCCAGACUCAUUCACACACUCACUCACUCCACUCUUCCCUCAUAUCAUUUCAAAAACAAUGCUCCAAAUCCGAAACCUCCAAAUCCCAGAUUGGGAUCAUGACACACUCUCCGUCAAUGCCUUCGCCACCACGCCCACUGAAGAUUUCUCCUCCACGGACCACUUCCGCAUGUUCGACUUCAAGGUGAACCUCUGCCAGCGCGGCAGGCCACACGACUGGACAGAUUGCCCCUACGCCCACCCCGGCGAGAAAGCCCGUCGCAGAGACCCUCGCAAGCACCACUACUCCGCCACCCCCUGCCCGGACCUCCGCAAAGGAUACUGCAACAGAGGCGACUCCUGCCACUUCGCCCACGGCGUCUUCGAAUGCUGGCUCCACCCUUCUCGUUACAGGACGCAGCCUUGCAAGGACGGAACCUUUUGCCGCCGCAGAGUGUGCUUCUUCGCUCACACUGCUAAUCAACUUCGUGUACUGAACCAUGAACACGUUCUUUCUUCCCCUACUUCGGUUCUUAACUCUUCUUCUACGCUUUCCACCAAAAGUUUCCGAUACGGCGUGGUAUCAGCUUUCAGCGUGGAUGAAAUAGUGCGCUCCAUGCGCAAUGUUCAACUUGAUGAGGGUUCAGAGCCUGACUUUGAAUGGAUCUCGGAACUGGUGAAGUGAAGCUGAGAGUGGAGGAUUUUGUAACUUAGUUGUAUGAUGCAAUUGAAUGAAUGAAUAACUUCUCUGGUUGUGUAUAUCAUUGAGAAGCAUGAGACUCUUCGUGACUCUGUGUUUUGUUUGUGAUUCCUUUUCUGACAUUGAGCUUUCUUCUGUUACGUUCUGUGUCUGCAAGACACCAGAAGAAAGUUGAAGAUUGAUGUAAUUCUUGUUUUGUUGGUGCAAAAAUGGUAUGUAAUUACAUUUGAUUGGAUAGUUACUUGUAA